UUUUUUUUCAAUUUUCGAAAAGCAUAAAUUUAAAUUCCGCAGUAAAAUUUUUUUCGUACCAAACCAUGUCUAAUAACGCUGAACAGCCUGAACUUGUUAGCAAUUCAAAUGAUUGGAAUAAAUGGAUUGAAGAAGAGAUUUCUAAAAAACUUAUUAAGUAUUAUGAGUAUGACCAAUUUUAUGAUAUUCAAGAAAUUGGUUCUGGUGGUUUUGGAAAAGUUUAUCGUGCUAAUUGGAAGAAUUCUCAUAAGCGUUAUGCAAUAAAAUCUUUUUUUAAUAUUAAUGAUGCUACAGUCAAAGCAUUAGUUCGUGAGAUUCAACUUCAACGUGAAGUUGAUUUUCAUAAUGUUAUUCGUUUUUAUGGUGUCACAACUUCUAUUAAAGAAAACCAAAAAAAAGAAUAUUCGUUGGUGAUAGAAUAUGCAGAAAAUGGUACCCUCCGAAAAUAUUUGAAAGAAAAUUUUGAAAAUCUCACUUGGGACAAUAAAUUUAAUCUCGCAUUUCAAUUGGUUUAUGCAGUAUCAUGUUUGCAUGAUAAAGGGAUCGUGCACCGUGAUUUGCACUCCAAUAAUGUGUUAGUCCAUCAGAAUACUAUUAAGCUAGCAGAUUUUGGUUUAUCAAAAAGAAUUGAGGAAACAUCUAACUCUCAAUCGAAAACAUUUGGAUUAAUUCCUUACGCUGAUCCAAAAAGCUUUAAUAGAAGUACAACAGAAUUAUAUUUAUUAAAUAAAAAAAGUGAUGUUUAUAGCAUUGGAGUAUUACUAUGGGAGAUAUCUAGUGGUCAGCCUCCUUUUCAUAAUAUACCGUAUGAUGUUGGCUUGGCUCUAAGUAUUCUACAAGGCCUCAGAGAGACACCUAUUCCCAAUACGUCUACAGAUUAUAUAAAAAUUUAUGCCGAUUGUUGGAAUAUUGAACCUGAUAAUCGUCCAACCAUUAACCAAGUAGUUGAUGAAUUAAAAGUACUUAUAAUAAAGGAAAAUAUAAAUAUAAAGGAUUUUCACUUAUAUGAUGAUCACAAUACUGUCCAAUCAUCAAAUAACCAUCAACUACCUGAUUUAGAUGUUAAAAUUUCUGAAAGUACUAAUUCAUUACAUGGAGAAUUAUCUCAAGUUAUUCAAAAUUUUAAUAUGAUGAAUACAAAAGAAAUAGAAUCUUCAAUGUCAUCAAGUAACCAAUUUGGGAUAACUUUAAUAUAAUAGUUAAUAAUAUGUUCAAUUUUUUUAAUGAU